AUGGAGGGAAUUUCGGAUACACCUACUCCAACUUCCACUGGCUUUCAGGCCGAAAAUGCGUUAAAUGGGUCAGAACCGUCAAUGAAUAAGUCAAUUUUGUCCGCUUCGUUGAUCUACAUGAUUCUGAGUUAUUUAAACACCUUCGGUAACGUUGGCAUGUAUUUGGUCUCUUAUAUGAGAGUGUCCGGGAAUAGACCCAAUGUCAGCUUCAGUUCAGUCUCUUGUAUCUUUUCCCUGGCAGUGCUCCUUCAGAGCCUAAGCGGUCUUUUCACCAGCACUGUGGAGAAGGCACUGGGGACCAGAAAAAUCACAAUUAUCGGCUGCACGAUCACUGCGCUGGCCCACAUAGCCUGCGCUUUUAACCUACACAACCUUACGAGCUUAUUAUUUUUUUACUCGGUAGUCGGAGGAGUCGCUUCAGGCCUAAUACUUCCAAUACCUUUGGAUGCUGCUGUUAGAACGAACCCGUCCAAGAGAGGAUAUAUAUGUGGAUCAGUGUACUUCUACGGCGGCAUACUGACGGUACUGCUGUGUCCUCUGCAAACAUUCUAUAUAAAUAAAGGAGACGUUAGACUGGGCGACAUAGUAAAGCCCUCAGACAGUGACGUAUACUAUAAAGAUGUUAAGCUACUAAAUAGGCUGCCUAAGCUAUUCAUAUUGCAAGGCCUACUUUAUUUGGUAGUAUUGGCAAUUUGUGUGUACUAUCUGGAUUUUCCCAAGGAUAGAGAACCAUCGCCGGAUUAUGCAGAGGAGCCAGAGAUAGAAUACGAGACUUUUAUAACCAAAAGGCUGAAUAACACUGGCGACUUCAAGUCUAACUACAAAAAUGACUAUACGCAAUACCUAUACCUGUGGUUUUUAAUAUAUUUGAGUUGGCAGUCGAUAAUUUAUCUCCAGUCGUACUGGAAGAUAGUGGCACUGUUAAAGCUGGACGGCUCAGAUUUAUUCAUCACGUUCAUUGGAGCCGCGGCAUCAGCCAGUAACAUCGUGGGAAGGAUAUUUUGGGGGAUCAUCUUCGACAUGAUAGGAUGGAAGAUUUCAUGGAUCAUCCUUGUAUCAGGCACGCUUUUCCUAACGGUGGCUUCUUACUUUCUUUUCGAGUACAACUUGACUGUAUAUGGAAUAUGGAUAACCACCGUGUUCUUCAUUCACUCUGGCGUAUUUUCAAUAGGACCAAUGACAGCUCAUCAGUUCUUUGGGCCAAAUAAAUUUAUUAUGAGUGUCGGAUUCCUUAACACGGCAAGGGCCGCAUCGGGGCUAACGGCUCUGAUCUACGCGAACUUCAACUUUUCGAGGUGGAACGACCACCUGCCGAUCACGGUGUCGCUGAUCUGCCUCGCUAGUCUGCUCAUAAUAUGGCUUUUCAACACCGGUAAAAACAAAGGUGUGACUCCAGCUUAA